UCGAACUUUAUGCUGGUAAACAACCAAAUGGUCCAUUUUUUAGUUGAUAAUGCUGCAUCUUGCGUUGUAAAACGAUUAGCAAACCCAAUUUUGAAUACUGGUAGAAAUAUUACAUUUGACAAUUGGUUUACUAGUUUUCCAUUAGCAGAUUAUUUACUCCAAAAUAAAACAACUAUGGUAGGCACAGUUCGAAAAAAUAAAAGAGAAAUCCCUCCCGAAUUUCUCAUUUCAAAAGGUCGUGACUUAUAUUCGUCAUAUUUUGGUUUUUCAAAAAAUAAAUCAAUCGUGUCGUAUAAAGCUAAAUCAAAUAAAAUAGUUUUGAUAGCUUCGACAAUGCACAAUGAUAAGGCUAUUGAUAUGAAUACUGGAGAAAAAUUAAAGUCAGAAAUGAUUACGUUUUACAAUUCGACCAAAAGUGGUGUAGAUACUAUGGAUUGGAUGACUGAAAACUACAGUGUGGCAAGACAUAGUGCUCGUUGGCCUCUUACAGUAUUUUAUUCUCUACUCAAUAUCGGAGGAUUAAAUUCAAUGAUUGUGUACCAAGAAAAUACGCAAGUAAAGAAAACACGUUUAGAAUUUUUGAAAUCAUUGGGUAGGCAACUUAUGGAGGAUCAACUAAAGUACAGAAUGACAAUUAGCAGUCUGCCCAGACCACUAAAAACAAGACUUCAAAAUUAUGUUACGGUUGAAAGAGAAGUGCUCCCUCAAAAGUUGAGAAGUUCAAACCGAUGUGCUUUUUGUGAAAGAGUGAAAGACAAAAAAACCACUAAAGUGUGCACCAAUUGCAUAAAGCCUAUAUGUAGAGAUCACUUGAUAGAAAUUUGCCCAGAUUGUUUUACAUUAUAAUAGUAUUGUA